UCGUAAAUCUGUCAACCGCCUCAAGAAGAGGUCGGGUUAAAAGACGUCGUCAACGUCUACGCGGGCGAAGGACAAAGAAUACUGGCCGGGUCCCGCGCCUCUUGACGACCGAAGAGGAGCACAGCUGCUGCUACCACCACCACUUCUCCCCCACUCCAUCCGUCCUACGCUGAGGCCUUUCCCACGAGACGGCCGUAUCUUAUCAGCGGCGGCGACGCCUGGCGCACGGGGGCCGCCGUGUGUCGACCCGCCAGUUGAGGGCCGGCGCCUCCUCUUUCCCGACGCAGCGGCGAGGUUUCUCAUCCGUGGACGUCGACGCCAACAUCCCCUGGUGACGGUACAUAUCGAUUGUAACAACACCAAUCACAGUGAUUCAGUGCGGAAGUAAACGCGUCCUGAAUGGCUCUGCCGAAUAAGGCAACGACUUCUCUCGCAGACGGCCACCAAUCACAAGGAAGAAACCACAGGUGAAGGUCCUGGUCGCCAUUUUACCCGCUCCACCACACCCCGACUGAAGUAAACAUUUUGAUGGGAAAGGGUCGAUAUCGGCCCGGGGUUCGGGGAAUAAUUCAAACUGGAACUCAUGGAAUUAGAGAAUAUCGUCGCAAAUACGGUGUAUUUAAAAGCAAGAGAGGCUAAAAAAGUUCGAAGAAUAGGACCCUCCUCCUCCCCUCCCGUCGGAUCACGUGCUGUGUUUGACGAGCUGUGUUUCUGUUCCCUUGCAGAUGCGAGGUACUCGUACGUCGUGGACCAGCAGCCCAUUGGCCGAUUGCUGUUCCAGCAGUUCUGCGAGAAUGUCCGCCCGCAGUUCCACAAAUACAAUAAUUUUCUGGAUGCCAUUGAAAAGUACGAGGUGGAGUCGGAUGAGAAACGUUUGGAGGUAGCGCAGACGAUUUACCACACCUACCUGGAUCGAGAGUCGCCGGACGCCAUAGAGCUGCUCAACGCGGACGAGAUAGAGCACGUGAGGCAGAAGAUGGCGGCGGGCCACCGCGAGCUCUACGGGGAGUGCGCGACGGCCGUGAAGGCGUUCCUGGCGGGCGACCCCUUCCGGGAGUUCGAGUGCUCCAUCUACUUCCACCGCUACCUGCAGUGGAAGUGGCUCGAGAGCCAGCCGGUGACGUACAAGACGUUCCGCAUGUACCGGGUGCUGGGCAAGGGGGGGUUCGGGGAGGUGUGCGCCUGCCAGGUGCGCGCCACCGGCAAGAUGUACGCCUGCAAGAAGCUCGAGAAGAAGCGCAUCAAGAAGCGGAAAGGCGAGCCGAUGGUGCUCAUCGAGAAGCAGAUCCUGCAGAAGAUCAACUCCAAGUUCGUGGUGAGUUUAGCAUAUGCAUAUGAAACUAAAGAUGCGUUAUGUCUGGUGCUGACAAUAAUGAAUGGAGGAGAUCUCAAGUUCCACAUUUACAACAUGGGUGGUGAGCCUGGGUUUGACGUGGACAGAUCGAGGUUUUACGCAGCUGAGGUGCUGUGCGGGCUGGAGCACUUGCACAUGCAGGGCAUCGUGUACCGCGACUGCAAGCCGGAGAACAUCCUGCUGGACGACCACGGCCACGUCCGCAUCUCCGACCUCGGCCUGGCCGUCGAGAUCCCCGAGGGCGAGAUGGUGCGCGGCCGCGUGGGCACCGUCGGUUACAUGGCCCCGGAGGUGAUAGACAAUGAGAAGUACACUUUCAGUCCCGACUGGUUCAGUUUUGGUUGUUUGCUCUACGAGAUGAUUGAAGGGCAAGCUCCUUUCAGGGCAAGGAAAGAAAAGGUCAAGCGGGAGGAAGUGGAUCGACGAGUCAAAGAGGAUCAGGAAAAAUACUCACAUAAAUUUAGCGAAGAAGCAAAGCAUUUGUGUCAACAGCUGCUGAGGAAGUCGCCCAAGUCGCGGCUGGGCUGCCAGUCGGGCCGCGCGGGGGCGCGCGAGGUCAAGCUGCACCAGUUCUUCAAGUGCGUCAACUGGAAGAGGAUGGAGGCGGCCCUGUGCGACCCCCCCUUCAUGCCGGACCACCAGGCGGUGUAUGCCAAGGACAUUUGUGACAUAGAGCUGUUCUCUGUAGUCUCUGGGGUAGAGUUGGGCUCGGCCGACAAGCAGUUCUACCAGAGGUUCGCGACCGGCGCCGUGUCCAUUCCGUGGCAGUCGGAGGUACGCCGCCGGGAGCGCCCGCUGCCCGCUUUACUUAUGUAUAUAGCUGGGAGCACAUUCAACAUGGUCAUCAGAACAAUCAUCCACAUGCAGAGUGCCUUCCCCUCCUCCCCGCAUGGCGUGUUCGUUUUGUGUGUUCAGCCGCACGCCGUCUAUGCUAAGGACGUUCUCGACAUAGAGCAGUUCUCGACGGUGAAGGGGGUCAACUUGGAUGCGACCGACGACACCUUCUAUAGCAAGUUUAACACCGGCUCCGUGUCCAUCCCCUGGCAGCAGGAGAUGAUUGAAACCGAAUGUUUCAAGGAGUUGAAUGUCUUUGGACCUAACAACUCGCCCACACCUGACCUCAUACUCAAUGCUGUUCCUGAACCGGAGAAGGAAGGCUGUUUUCCAUUCAGGAGAAAGAAGAAGCAAUCGGCGCGUGCUAGGCCAGUGCCAGUAGCAGAUCAGUUCCUGCAAGGAGGCGACUCUCGCAGCUGAUGACAGGCAGCCAGUAGCGACAGCAGCCAGGAGCUUCUGUCGGACACUCGCUCCUCCACCAGCAUUACGGGUCAGCGCAGCCACAGUCAGCCAGACCUCGCCACUAACUGUACCAGGCGUGACGGCGGUGGUGAGCUCUUAGACAUCGGUGCCGGCUAGCGUCAGCUGAUGACAGGCGGCCAGCAGCGACAGCAGCCAGGAGCUUCUGUCGGACACUCGCUCCUCCACCAGCAUUACGGGUCAGCGCAACCACAGUCAGCCAGACCUCGCCACUAACUGUACCAGGCGUGACGGCGGUGGCGAGCUCUUAGACAUCGGUGCCGGCUAGCGUCAGCUGACGACAGGCGGCCAGCAGCGACAGCAGUCAGGAGCUUCUGUCGGACACUCGCUCCUCCACCAGCAUUACGGGUCAGCGCAACCACAGUCAGCCAGACCUCGCCACUAACUGUACCAGGCGUGACGGCGGUGGCGAGCUCUUAGACAUCGGUGCCGGCUAGCGUCAGCUGAUGACAGGCGGCCAGCAGCGACAGCAGCCAGGAGCUUCUGUCGGACACUCGCUCCUCCACCAGCAUUACGGGUCAGCACAGCCACAGUCAGCCAGACCUCGCCACUAACUGUGCCAGGCGUGACGGCGGUGGCGAGCUCUUAGACGUCGGUGCCGGCUAGCGUCAGCUGACGACAGGCGGCCAGCAGCGACAGCAGUCAGGAGCUUCUGUCGGACACUCGCUCCUCCACCAGCAUUACGGGUCAGCACAGCCACAGCCAACCGGACCUCGCCACUAACUGUGCCAGGCGUGACGGCGGUGGCGAGCUCUUAGACAUCGGUGCCGGCUAGCGUCAGCUGACGACAGGCGGCUAGCAGCGACAGCAGCCAGGAGCUUCUGUCGGACACUCGCUCCUCCACCAGCAUUACGGGUCAGCACAGCCACAGCCAACCGGACCUCGCCACUAACUGUGCCAGGCGUGACGGUGGUGGCGAGCUCUUAGACGUUGGUGCCGGCUAGCGUCAGCUGAUGACAGGCGGCCAGCAGCGACAGCAUUACAGGUCAGAGCAGCCACAGCCAGCCAGACCUCGCCACUAACUGUGCCAGGCGUGACGGCGGUGGCGAGCUCUUAGACGUCGGUGCCGGAUAGCGUCAGCUGACGACAGGCGGCCAGCAACGACAGCAUUACAGGUCAGAGCAGCCACAGCCAGCCAGACCUCGCCACCAAGGGUGUCAGAGGGUGUCAAGGGUGUCAGAUUUUGGUGCCGACUAGCUUCGUGUGGUGAACAAGUGGGCAGUAGCAGCAAUAGAACCGGAGUUGUCAUCAAAAACAUUAUAGUCAGUAGCGCCACAGAAGGAUCCUUCCUCACACCGAGUCAGGAUUUGCUACUUCCAUUCAUCUUGCUAGUUGGUAUCAGCUGGUGACGGGCAACUGUGGCAGCAACCAGGAGCUUCUGUCUUGAUAGCCACUCCUCUACAGCGAUACGGGUCAGCACAGCCAUAGCCACUAGGACCUUGCCAGAACUCUGCCUGCCACGCGGCCGCGAUGAGUCGCUACGUCGUUGGUGCUUGCCAACAUCAGGCGACGUGCAGUUGGGUAUGUGAUUUUAUGUUCACGUAGCACAUACGCUAGCAAGAGUAAUUGUUACUUAAGAAAUGUGUGUAGUUUAAUUUGUUGUUUAGUAAGGUUUCAGUACCUAGUUGUUGCAGAUUGUCGGCACUUUCUAACUGUGCUGCACCGAAGAUGUCAUUACAUUGAUCAUUAGUGGUGUACCUAUUUGGAUGCUCAUUCAUUCAAAUCGGAUAGUAUGGCAAUAUGGAUGAAUGAUCUGUUUCUGCCAUUUCAGGCUGAUUAAACAACAUAGAGGAAUUAUCUGUGCUAAUAAUGGUUGCUAAGAAUUGAAGUCAUGAAAUAAGUAUGCAACUUUAUAUAGUUUCGCAGCACCUAAAUUUUACAUGCUGCAUCUUUUGCAUAUAUUUUUUUAAUACGGUAGAGAUAAUGGGUUGCAGUGGAUUACAUACGUAUUGUAAACAAUGGGUUAAUCUAUUCUGUAAAUUUAUUUUUAUCGGUACACCUCUAUUAGUCGGACAACCUUCUUUCCAUAUAAAAUAAGAUAAAUUUGUUUUAAUGCAGCUCAUAAACAAAACAAUUUAUUAGUUGUGCAUGCAGAUGGCUACUUUUUUAAAAUAUAUUAAAUGGACAACUUAUACUCAGUGGCUAUAGAACAAUUUUAUGAGUUCUAAAAUUUAUUAUGUAAUAUUGUGUCAGAAGUUGUGAUAGUUUUAAAUUUUUGUUCGUGAAACUGAAAAGAGAAUGAUAUUACUGUAAUUUCAUUUUUGUUCACUUUGUGUUUGAGAGAUUAUGUGAAAUACGUAUGACUAAAACUGUCACAAAUUUGCUGAUUUACAGAACUAAGAUUAUGUCAUGUGAGAUCCACUCCCAGCUUAUUUAUUAUAUAAUGGGAUUUGUAUGCUAAAUCAUUUGGAGUGUUUUUUAUUGUCAAAAACCCAAAUGAAAAUGAAACAUGUUCGAAAAUAGUGCACUCUGCUGACAUGGUAUUUGUAUGUUUCAAAAGGAAGAGUUGUAUAUAUGUGAUAAUUAUUUUGUGUGACACGAAAUAUGUUACUUAUUUGGUAAUUAAAUUUUUUAAUUUGUGUACCAUAGCAAUACGUAAUAUGCAAAAAAACUAAAAUAUUGGUUCUAAGUCUGCAGUUUACAAACUACAUGGAAAAUUCCUUUAUGAGCUUUUUCGGGACCUCAUCCACGUCAGGUUAGCGAUUUUGCCGGAUUAUGGAACACCAAUGUAUAUUUUUAAGGGAAAUACCAAGUUGUAAAGAUCUGCUUGACAUAAAGAAAAAAUACUGAUGAGCGUUACUGAUAAAAAAAACUCUCUAAUAUCACCUUGAUUUGUGUAUCAUUUGCAAACUACCAUAACGGAUUAUACUCAAAUUUAUGAGUACUGCUGCAUUAUAGCUAUCAGUAAAAGUCAACAAACGCUUGAAUCCGCUCGAAAAACUUUAGACACGAUCGGCUCGAUUAGACCUGGAUUAUAGAAUAUUUCUCAACAAAAAGUUAGAGAUUAAAUGCCAACUACACUCUCACGGCACAUGGUAUCAAAAAUAUUUACAGGUAAUGUAAUUCCCAAGUUUAUUUAGACUAAAAUGUGCUCAUUCACAUGAAAGUCAAAUUCUAGAAUUUCACAUAUAGGUACAUGAUUGAUAGUAGUAUCAGUAUAAAAAAAAUUGUUAACUGCAAUUUUAAAUUUUGAUAAACUAUCUUACAGAGUUUCGGAUGAAUGGAAAUUUGUGAUUUUAACAAAACAUUUUAGUGGUUAAUGAGUAUCCAUUUCUUUCAUAUGAAAUAGUGUACUAGUUGGGAGUCAGUUACUUUCUACUCUAGUGUCCAUUUGCACCAUUCUCCUGUUCAUUCUAAUCUUCUGAACAUUGUGCCAACAUGUUCUGGAACAAAACGAACUUCGCUCGCAUGAUCCGUAGUUCAUAAAUUUUCAGUAUGUAGCAACAGGUAGCAGCAGUGUCGAAGGUGUGUUAGGUGCAUUUCUAUUGGUGGGCUGGAACAAUAUGAAGUCGCUAAGAUCGAUUGUGCCAUGGUUAGAAAAUGGUUGAUGAUGUCGCCACAAGAUAGCAGCUAAUGUGGUCACUGCCUUGUCUAUUUUGACUUUUAGGUACGACUGGAAAACCAAUACCGGUGUAUAAAAGCUGUUGCGUAUGCUAAAGAAAAGCCUCUAUUUAAUAUAAAAUUAAUUGAAACCAAAUAAAAAACCUUAUUAAAGCUUUCAACUAAAAUAACAUGCAUUACAAACACUUAAAAUAUAGAUAUUACAUUUGGAAUGUUGUUGUAAUGCUAGAAAAAAAAAACAUUAUUUUUUUUAUUCCAUUAUCAUACGAGGCAUGUCCAGAAAGUAAGUACAUUUUGGUCAUUAAAAAUAACUUUUGAUAAAAAGGUUUUAUUGAAAGUUUUCGUUUUCAAAAUAUCUACAUCACAUUUUCAAAUAGUCGCCAUUCAGUUUUCAAGCACUUUUCGCAGCGCUCUACCAGUUUAUUUAACCCCUCUGCAUAGAUUUUCACCGCUUGGGAAUGGAAUGGACACCUUGGCCAUAGGCAUCAUGGACUUCGAAUACACAAUGCGUGUAGCCAAAGUACAGGCGCUCAGUAAACAUCUCUGGAAAAAGUUCAAACAAUCUCCAUACUCAAGUCGAAAAAUGAUGGCUACGGUUUUUUGAGACGAAAAGGGCUUUAUUUUGGUUGAUUGAAUGAAAUUUACAAAAUUACGAUUUUCAACUGAUUUUUUCUUUAAUUCUAUCUUCAAUGCAGUUACUAAUAGAGGUCAGGUUGUUGCCUGCUAUUUUGAUUUGGCAAAAGCUUUCGAUUCUGUUAAUCAUGAUUAUUCUACUUAUAAAAUUGUCUAAUUUUGGACUCUGGUUUACAAGCUAUCUCAAAAACUGACAUUGUUUCCAUUUAAAACUGUAAUUCUUUAUUUUAUUUAGCCAGUUCAGGUGUACCUCAAGGUGGUACCUUGUCACCUCUACUCUUUAAUAUAUUAUUGAUGAUCUCUCUCAUGUUUUGUCCCAUUCAUCUGGAGUACUGUAUGUGAUUUUAAAAUGUAUGUAGAACCAUCACUUCCCUUAAUGUCUUUUACCUCAAUCAGACAUUAAUGCAAUCUAUAAUUGGUGUAAUCUUAAUUUAGUAUCUCUCAACAAGGAAAAAACCAAAAUUAUAUAUUUUACCAGGAAAUAUUUCCCCAUGUCUUUUGAUUAUAAACUAGACAAUUCAUAAAGCAUCUUCCCUAAAAGAUUUGGGUAUCAUUUUUGACUCAGAAUUAUAUUUCCACUUCCACGUAGAUUACCUAAUCAAUAGCUCAAGAAGAACUUUCUGUAUAAUUAAAUACAUCACUUUUUACUCUACCAAUCCUGUUUCCAUUCUUAUUCUGUUUGUUUUUCUUUAAUUAGGUCUGAAUUAGAAUAUUGUUCAAUAAUUUAGAAUUCAAUCAAUUCCUCUGAUUCUGUUAAAAUUGAAUUCAUUCUAACUAAAAUUGUGAAAAUUUAAAAUUCUCCUGUACUCACAAUUUUGUUCCUUUAGCUGAUCUUAGAGCUCUUCUCGAUUUUCUUUUCAUUAAAAACUUUCAUAACUCUUUAAUCAGCUGUAAAUUCAUUCUCGACAACACUGGACUCAAGAGUUCCACUAUUUCAUAGUCGACUAAAGUCUACCUUGUGCACUCAUAACAAAAUAAAUAUUUUGUACAGACUAAUUUCUAAUUAUAAUAAGUUGGAUAAUUUUCCUUAGCUAAUUGGCUAUAAUUUAGCUUAUCUUUUUUUGUACAAACAUCAAAUAUUAUUGUUUAUAAGGAAUUUCUGAAUUAAUUCUUGUAUUUUAAAAAAACUAUUCUUUCCUAAUACUUUAUUACAUUUUUUAAAUCCUAGUACUUAGUUUGGAUCCAUAUAAUGUUUUUUAUAAACAUUUUUAUCUUGUUCACUGUGGUUAGUUUUAAGUUCUGUAAACAAUUCAUAGUGUUUAUUAAUAAGUAAUUAUAUGUUUUAUGUCUGUUUGUGUUAUUGCCUUUAUGUUUAUUUUCUGUUUGAGUGUUUGUUUUGGUUAUAUUUGUUGUUAUCACCGCUAAUGUGUGGUACUCUUGUCUUCGUAAGUUGGCCAUUUUGAGACGUUCUGUCUGCAAUGGUGCCAACGAUGGUGGGAGUCCAAACAUUGGCAGUGAUAACUGUGUACCUGUUUGCCCACCACAAAAGUUUAACACUGUUGGUAGGCAUGUAACAAAUUAAUAAUAUAAAAAUAAAGAAAAUCGGCACUAAAAAUAUAACUAUGAAAUCUUGUUCCUACGUAUGGCACAUUACAGCUUUAAAUUCUUAAAACUGGUGUAAAAUCCUAGUCUUACACGCACCAUUCCACAUAGCAUUCCCUCAUCAUCCUGUUUAGGACUCAUUGAGCAAAAAAAAAAAAUUUCUCCCUCUCAAUACUCCAACCCUAUGUUGUAGGAUAUCAGGUCCUGGAUUAUUAUUUGGGAGUGAAUAAAUUGAAUGAAAGCAGUCUAUUUUUUUUUUUUACAGCUUCUCUAUACUUGCAUAAUUUCCUCAUGACUUGCCAUCCAACAAUUUAAAGACUGCAUGUGGAUAAAAAAUAAUUUCUCUUAGCAUUUGUACUUCUACUUUAAUUAACUAAAGUACAAAAUCGCUGUAAGGGACCGUGGAGAUGUACUUGAAUUACUAAAUUUGUUUUGUUUGCCCAUUUUCUUGUUGAUCACUCCUUAUUGGUGUUUACUUAAAGCAGCAACAAGUGUGUACUGAUGCCAAUGUCUCAUAUUUUUCAUUAGCACUUUUUAUAUUUUGCCUUAAUGUUUUAUGUGCCAAGAAAACAAUUUUUUUUCAAAAUUUUCAUCCAGAACCAUACAUCUCGAAAUUUUCUGCAGUUAUUUUUCAAUUUGUGCUGUGAAGAUUAGAAUUAUGACAAUGGUUUGGGAUGGUUUAGUUGAAUAAUAACUUAUGUAUGCACAAAUUUUUGUAGUAUGUAGGACAUUGUUAUUGGUCAUUAGAGUUCAUUGUUCGAAGCUCAAAUGACUUUGUACACUUUUUAUACAGAACAAUUUCAGUGACAGAUGGUAUUUCAACCAAUAGCCAGCCUACAAAUAAAUUUUGCUAAAGGAUGCAUCAUUCCAUAGAUGUAGUAAGUUCUUAGCUGUGCCAAGCAGUCAGAAUAGAUCAUAGUGUGUUGAUGAAAUGCUGGAACUAAUAACAAUUUUGUUAAAGUCAAUGUAGAUGAUGCAUAUGAUGAAUAAUUCAACUAAUGGUAAGGUCAAGUUUUUAUAAAUAGCUGCAUACCUAUUUACAUUAUAAGAACCUCUAUGUGUAUUUUGUACUAAUUUUUAAAAUGAUUCAUUAUCAACUUCAGAAUUAAUAAACGUUUGUACUAACACAUUUUUCCCAUGCUGUGCUGUGUGUCAGCGAGCAAAUAAUAAGCCAAACUUGUUUGGUAUGAGCAUUACCUUUUUGAUGAUUUGCCUUUUAUUGCCUUACUAUGUAUAGUUUUUUUUAUAGUACACCAUAAUAAAAACACGUAACUGGUGGAAACUGUCACUUAAUCUUUGGCCACACAGAGCGCUAUGCUCGCUAUAUUCGCGAUGUUCGCUACAUGAGUAAAAUAUAGCCAGCUGCAUCUCAGGUGUCACUCACUGCACCAAGUUGUGUUUGCUAUGUUGGCGAUCCUGACGACAUCGCCGGGUGUUUGGUUCUCUGCUGUUUUUAUAAACAUCACAGACUUCACGCAUGCGCAGAUAAUCAAAAAUAUCUGUUUUAACAUGGAAUUGUCAUGUAUUUGUUUGUUUUUUUUUCUCUCUCUCAGUAUUAUGCUUUAACUAGUAUCAUGUCAAUAGAACUGUUCGUCGAAGAAGUACGAAAAUACCCAUGUUUAUUGAAUAAAGCAAUGAAAGAAAAUCAAAGGCAGGGUAUGUGGGACAAUGCCUGGGAUUUGAUUUCAAGGGAAUGCUACCAAACUGAGUUGUACAUACUUAUUCUGAAAUAAUCCAUAAAUUUGGCUUCGUCCUCAUGCAACUGCUUCAUGAAAUGACGACACUCUCCAAAUUCUUUUGUUUUAAAAUCAACUUCAUGAAGCCGUUUCAUUUUGUGUUUACACUCUGCGAGAGCCAGCCGAACAUCAUCCCGCAGCGUGUACCUCUCAGACAUUGCGAGCUAGUCUGAUCUGUCCGGACACCUAGCGUAGGCAACAUAGCAUACAUAGCGAUCAUAGCCUAGCUGACUGUGUGGCAUCGCCUUAGGUAAGCUGUACUGUCACUCCAAAGCGUGCACCAACGAAAGUGAGGAGGGUAACUUGACCCUAACUCCCCCCUUAUCCCCUAGAGUUUCAUCCUUUCAUCAGCUGACUGCUGUAAACGUUUACACCAAUACAUGGUACAUGCAGCAUUCCACUCUAACUCAGGAUUUUUGCAUCUCCAUAUUUUUUAUUUUUGUUUAGUGAAAGUAUUAUUUUGGUGAAAAUAUUCAAUCUUCCUCCAAAAACUAAACUGUGUAAAUGGAUAAUUUUUUUUUUUACUUUAGCAUUAAUCAUCUGUGCAUGUAUGUAUAAAAUUAAUAAUAUUUUUGUGAACUAAAAUUUUUAAAUAUUCUCAUAAUCAGUAGUAUGUAUGUAAUAGCAUUUUAUGGUCUAUUGAACAUGUUCACUAAAUAGUUGAUUGGGGCUAGUAGGUGUGUGUGUGAUGAAUGUUUCUCAGUUUGGUGUGAGACCGUUACAAGUACGAGGUUUCAUCUUGCCAUGUGAACAAAGUAGGAAGGACAGUUCAUAACCAAGAGAACUUCUGUUCAAUACCGUAAAUAUUUGUGCCAAACCGGGUGACUGGUAACCGAGGUAAUGUGUCGCAGUGAGACUUACUGGAGCGAGAUGGCAAUAAUUGUGUGUUGUUCGACAAGUUGGCUCGCAAGCUAUAACCCACUUUGUCGUGUAAGAUUUACUCUUCCCUUUGAGGUACAUCUAACUUAUCUCAAGUUUUCUAUUCAUCUUAUAUACAGCUAGUAAUGUGUGUUGUCGUAUUGUAAAUCUCUGUGGUAAUCAUAGCAUCCAAAGUCAACUGUAUGUAACUUAAAUAUGUGUACAAAAAUGUUGUUUCUGUGAUUGGUAGUCACAUUAUACAGUGCUAGCAGAGCUUGUGCAAUAAAUGUUGUUCGUUUUUAUAUUUGUUAAA